GCUAGCGCACCGUGCGCGAGUUAAAAGGUUAUGUCGUACAUCUACAGAAAUGGUACCAAAAUUCUUAUUUCGUCGUGUUGUAACUCACGCAACGUGCGCAACAUACUCCAAAGUUUUGUUAAAUCCUCUAUAUAUUUCCACUGAUAGAUGCAACGCUGCGUUCAUGUCUGCUCUGCCUCCUGACAGUCCAAUGAAUGUUUUUGAUAGAAAUGCCAAGUUAUUGCAUCGCGAACGCGCUGCCAAGCGUGUCGAUGCUCAUCUGUACGAUUAUAUUAAGGACGAAGUGGGUGAGAGAUUGUCCGAUCGGAUAUUUGAUAUCAAACGAAAAUUUUCAAAGGUCCUUGAUCUUGGGUGUGGUCGUGGACAUGUAUCGAAGCGAAUUCUUAAUGAGUCUGUGGAAGAAUUGACACUGGUAGACAUGAGUCCAAGUUUUGUGCAACAAGCUGAAACCACCAAGGGGAUAAAAAUUCGGAAAAGAGUUGUUGACGAAGAGAAUUUAUCUUUUGACGCCAACAGCUUUGAUAUGGUAAUCAGUUGCCUGAGUCUUCACUGGGUAAAUGAUCUACCUGGAUGCUUUAGACGGAUCAAUAACAGUUUGAAGAAUGACGGAGUUUUUUUAGCAGCUGUAUUUGGAGGUGAUACAUUAUAUGAAUUGAGAAGUUCCUUGCAAUUAGCUGAACUUGAAAGACAUGGUGGAAUCUCGCCGCAUAUUUCACCGUUUGUGGAAAUCAGGGAUAUUGGAGCUUUGUUAACAAGGGCAAAUUUUACUAUGUUGACCAUUGAUACCGAUGAGAUAGUUAUUGGCUAUCCAAGUAUGUUUCAUCUCAUGUGGGACUUAAAAGGAAUGGCUGAAAAUAACACAGCCAGAAAUCGUAACUUGCAUAUAUCGAGAGAUAUAUUGAUCGCAGCUGCAUCUAUAUAUAAAGAGCUCUAUGGAAAACCGAAAGAAGAUAACACCAUAUUUGUUCCUGCAACAUUUCAAAUAAUAUAUAUGUUGGGAUGGAAACCAGAUCCGUCGCAACCGAAACCUCUUGAAAGAGGAACGGGACAAGUAUCGCUCAAAGACUUGUACAAACUCGAUAAAAUAAUCAAAUCCAGGGAGAAAACAAAAUUAGGUAAGGAUGAUAAAUAAUUUAUUUAAAUAUUCACAGAAUGUAUAUUGAUAGAUUAUAAGUGUACUGCAAUAAUUUGUAUAUAAAAGUUCUUUUUCACCUAAUAGACAAAAAUAUUUUAUUAACUGUAUCUUUUGUUUGUUUCU